UUCAUUUUAUCCGCUUUCUUGUGUAUUUUAAUUCCAAUUUCCCCUCUAACAAAAAGAGGAUUAGGGUUUCAUUAUGUUUUUUAUUGAAAGAAUACGGGUGUUUAUUCAUGUAUUUUUUUGUUGAAACUAAAGAAUCAGGGUUUAGAGGGAAAAUAAAAGGGAGGAAGAGAGAGUUCCCUUUUCAGAAGAAUGCCGUUUUAUUAAAUUGUUAAAGAAGAACAAGGGUUGUUUUUAGAAGAAUGGUUAUUUCUUUAAUGCCUUCUACAAUGUUGAAAUUCUGUUUUUCUUUUUCUUUUUUUGUAAUUUUAGGCAAAACAAAUUCAGCGAGAGAACUUCAUAUCUGUUAUCAUCAUUCGUCAUUAAGUGCUCGGUCUUUCUAUCAGAGGAACCGAGAAAGAAAGUAACAGCAUGGUGGCCACUAAAGGAAAAGUCAGCGUGGGCAUGAAUCGAGUUGCUGAAGAUGCCCAUACCUGCAGAACAGGUGUUAGAACUUUUAAAGUUUAUUCAGAAAAUGAAAAGAAUAAGGAUGCUGCUAGCAUUAAAUCUGCCAGGGAUAGUUUUCUUCCUGCAAGAAACAAAUUUUGCAGAAGGAUACCUAACAAAGGAUAUCCUCCUGCCAAUGCAAGUGAUUCAAAGGGGAGCUUGAAAAUUGCGGGGAAGAACAAUUGCAAACACGACAAUUCUGGACUGACUGUAAAUCAAAAUGUCAGAAGAAAAGCGUUGGCUGAUGUAAGCAAUGUGCAGAGCGGUAAUGCAAGGGAUGUGGCAUAUGAUGUUUCAAAACCAAUGAUUUCGGUGGGUCCAGGCUCUAGGACUACGAAUCUUUCAUCAAGAAAAUCUGCAAAGGGAAAAAUGAGGGAUAAUCUAAGUCAAAAGGCUGGUGACCGUCAUGCUUCUAGGAAAGCAGGAGCUAAAGAUCUAAGGGUCUCUUUAGAAGAUCAGAAGACCAACGCCAAGAAUCAUGGUCAUGAAUCCACCGUUAACAAUAGCAGGAGGAAUGCAAGGAAUUUUGUUGCAGUGAUGAGGAAGUCUCUACCAGUGCUAAAGAGGGUGAGCCAUGCAGAUGCAAGUAAUGCAAAGGACAAUGAUGGAAUGUCUGAGGAAACUAAUAAUAUUAGUGAGUUUCCUGUUAAGGUUAAAGUGAAUAAGAAAGUAGUACCUCAGGUGGGCAUGGGUAGGAGACAUCUAUGGAGAAAUAGAGUGAGUGAUGGCUUCAUAUUAAUGGCCCCUAGGGAUCAAAAUAAUGCUGAAGUUCGUGUAUCCAGAAAAUCUGUCAGGCCAAUACUAAAGACUGAAAUCAAUGCUUCUGGUCACCAUAAGGCAUCAAGAUCAAAGUGCAUCUCUAGUUUGAACAAAUCCAAGUCCGUUGCUCCUAUAUCAUCAAAGAAAAAAACACCUGUGACAUCUUUCCCAGAAAACAUGCCCUUGGUGAUUGCCAAUGAAGUUACUCAAGGAGAACCUUCAUCUGACAACAACAAGAUGUCAAGUGCUAAUCACAAAUCAGAUGUCAUCACCAUAGGAAAAUCAAGUCGAAGGAGAUCUUAUACAUCGUUAUUAAUGACAAGAUCAAAGUUACUAGAGGAACAUGGUGAAGUUAUUGAGCAGGAAAAGCUACCAGCUAUAGAUGAUACUUCCAAUCAACUGGAAGUUGCUGAAUAUGUAGACGCGAUAUAUAAGUACUAUUGGAUUUUGGAGGUGCAGAAUUCAUCUCUGGAAAAUUACAUGGCAAUUCAAACUGACAUUACACCUCAAAUGCGGGGCAUAGUUAUCAACUGGCUAAUUGAAGUACACUUUAAAUUUGAAUUAAUGCCGGAAACUCUUUAUCUUAUGGUCACAUUGUUAGAUCGAUACCUAUCUCAAGCCCAAAUUAAGAAGAGUGAACUGCAGUUGGUUGGUCUUACAGCACUGUUUCUGGCAUCAAAAUAUGAAGAUUUUUGGCAUCCUAGGAUCAAAGAUUUAAUUAGCAUCUCAGCAGAGUCGUACUCAAGAGACCAAAUGCUUGUAAUGGAGAAGCUUUUACUGAAGAAGUUGAAGUUUCGUCUAAAUGAGCCGACUCCAUAUGUUUUCAUGUUAAGGUUUCUCAAGGCUGCUCAAUCAGACAUGAAGCUUGAGCAUUUAGCAUUCUACCUCAUUGAGCUCUGCUUGGUUGAACACAAAGCUUUAAAGUUCAAACCUUCAAUGCUGUGUGCGUCAGCUAUCUAUGUUGCACGGUCUACCUUGCAAAUGGCUCCAGCUUGGACUCCUCUGCUUGCCAGACACGCACAUUAUCAAGUCUCCCAAAUCAGGUAUUACUUAUUAAGAUUAAUUUCCAUUAGUGGGUACUUUUCCACCAAGUUGAUAAUCAAACUUGAUUAUUAUAGGGACUGUGCUGAGAUGAUAUUGAGAUUUCAAAAGGCUGCAAGAACAUCACAAUUGAGAGUCACAUAUGAGAAGUACAUGAGGCCUGAUCUCAGUGGUGUUGCAGCAAUAAAAACCUUGAGUGAACUUCCGCUUUGAUUUUGAUAAGUAAAUUUUUAUGCUACAUGAGAAGAUUCCCUUGAAAUAUAUGCUUGUACUUCCCCCCUUCUUCAAAUUGGUUUUAUCACGUCACCACAACGGAAAGAUUGUGUGCUUUGUGUGAUUGUAAUCUCCGGUGACUUUGCAUACCAGAGGAUACUGCUUUCUUAGAAAUUAGAUCACUGUAACUUUCUCAAACGUAGUAGAAGUAUUAUAACAACCUCUUGUUGUAAUGUUCCUGUC